AUGAGGAGUCAGGAGGUCCCUUUAAAGUGUUCUCAGGGUAGUUUGAGUUCAGGCAUUCCAGUGACCGUGAGUAAGAAAGCUCUCUGUGUUUUCUCUGUUGAGAAGAGCGUUUGUUCACAGCACAAAGCCCAUCUCAGUCUUUCCUUCUCCUGGCGGCUCAAUCGGGAGUCAGUGUGUGUCUGUGUGUGUGUGUGUGCAGUUUCUUCUUAUGCUUCUGCUUAUGCUUCAUCAGAUGAGCUUCGGGAGGAGGAGGAGGAGGAGGAAGAAGAUGCUGUGGAAGAACCAGGAGAGGAAGAAGAAACAAAACCAAAGCAUAAAACCUUUUUGCCACCACACGUGCCUCCCAAAAUUCCUGAUGGAGAGAAAGUUGAUUUUGAUGAUAUUCACCGCAAACGUAUGGAGAAAGACCUGACGGAGCUGCAGACUCUCAUUGAGGCUCAUUUCGAGAAGAGGAAGAAAGAGGAAGAGGAGCUGAUCAACCUCACACAGCGCAUCGAAAACCGCAGGUCAGAGCGAGCAGAACAACAGCGCAUCCGCACAGAGAGAGACAGAGAGCGGCAGAACAAACUGGCUGAGGAAAAGGCUCGAAAAGAGGAAGAGGAGGCCAAGAGGAAGGCGGACGAUGAUGCAAAGAAGAAAAAGGUUCUCACAAGCUUCCAGUACACCGGAUACAUGCAGAGGACAGAAAAAAGGGGCGGGCCCAAGAAGCAAACUGAGCGAGAGAAGAAGAAAACAAUCCUGAGCGAACGCCGCAAGGAGUUGAACAUCGAGAACAUCGGCGCGGACAAGCUGAGAGAAACGGCGAAUGAGCUCUGGAAGAAGAUGCGGCAGCUGGAGGCCGAGAAGUUUGAGAUGCAAUACAAAUACAUGAGCCAGAAAUACGAGAUCACCGUCCUGAGGAAUCGAGUCAGCGACCAUCAGAAGAAUACCAAAGGAUCUAGAAGUAAACGAGGACUGAGGAAGUAAAGCAGCCUCACUGACCCACCAGGAACACCUGACAUUUUUGCAUAUGCAUUUUUCUUUAUAUUUAUUAUACCAAAUUACUCUAUUUAGUCUUUAUCUGAGAGCUCAAGAAUAAUGAGCCACCUGAAAAGAAUGAUGAAUCGUUGAAGCUUUAAGUGACUAAUAAGACUGUAUUUGUGAUAUUAUUAUGAUUAUUUGAUGAACAUUAUGACUCCUUUUGAUUUUAAUUAUGUGCAUGUCAUUAAAUGCAAAGUGCCAUGAUUGUAUUGUAUUUUUUGUUGAUUUAAUAAACCAUAAUACACUGCAGAAA